AUGUCAACAAAGAAAGCAACAGUAGAAGACGCUUCCUCAUUAUCACCAUCUCCAUCAGCACCUGCUCCCGUUCAAUCCUCUUCGCCCGAUGGCAAGGAGGAUACUGUCGAUGAGCCUAUAACAACAUUAGGUGGUGACGAUGCUGAGGCAGAAGGCAAAGAGGCCGAGGACGAGGAAGAAGAAGAAGAGGAGGAGGAAGUAUGGGAUCCAUCAAGCGAGAAACUACCUGGUCAAGGUGAAAGUAGUAAAGGCAAGUCCAAAGCGAAGAAUGUCGGUGAAGGAGAAGAACAACCUUGGCAAGCUGUCUGGUCACCUGAACAAAACGCUUGGUAUUUCUGGAAUACGAAAUCUGGUCAAGUAUCAUGGACCAAUCCACUUGAACCUUCAUCUUCGACCUCAACUAUGACCCCACAACCACCAUUGCCUUCUGGUCCAGCCCCAGCGUCGUCUUCAGCGCCAACACCAGCAGCAGGAGGGUAUAACGCAUUUGAACAUGAUCGUGAUUACGAUUCAUCCGUGCCAGAGAUCGAUCCAGGUUUAGCUCACCUGUUCGGCGAAUCAUCAACAGGAGGAGGGAUGGGAAGAGGCCUAGAUUCAACUUUACAAAAAGCAAAAUUCAAUUCAAGAACAGGUAAAUUCACAGGAAAUGAAUAUCAAUAUACCGUUGGUCAUCUAGAUGAAUAUAACAGAGCUAAAAGAAUGAAUAAUCACUAUUUCGAUGUUGACGCUUGGGAAAAACAAAAAUUCGAAGAAAAUCAAAAGAGGAAAAGAGACGAAGAACAAGGUAUAACAGAUAAGAAGAUAACUAAAAAGGAUAUGGACCGAUUCAGAAAGAAAGCUCAGGAGAAAAAGGCCAGAAGUCAAGCUUGGUUAAGAGAAUAA